UGUCAGAGCCUUGCUCUCUAAGUGUAGCUGUAUUGCUGUCUUCUCUGAUUCUGCAAAAAUUUCUAAAAUGGCCCUUUUAAUUUCAUUCUUAAUUGGGAUACAGCUGUUUCACGCAGUGGCUUCCGUUCCACAUCCUCAUUUUCAUCACCUAUCUUGCAACUCUUCGGACAUAAAGACUGCUGCAGAACUGGCCCUCAACAACCACAAUAAAUAUCAGACAGAAGGUUACGUUCUUGGCCUGCAACGCAUUUUUGAUGCCCACCAAAUAACUGAGAAGGAUGGUGAUCCUAUUUUAUACCUCAAGUUGGAUGUGCUAGAAACCAAAUGCCAUGUCUUGAGUAAGAAAUUGUGGAAAGAGUGCGAGUUUAGACAUCCAUACGAGACAGUCUUUGGCCAAUGCAACGCAAUAAUUAAAUUCAACAGGAAUACAAAUGAUUCGUUCCUGUACAAAAAUGACUGCAUUUUACGCCCUCAUUCGUCUCCUGCUUGCCCUGGCUGUCCAAUUCGCCAAAAUCCUUCUGAAGACAUAUAUCUGGAAAUAGCAAGAAAAAGCCUGGCCAAAUUCAAUGCUGAAAAUGGCCACGAUCGUUAUUUUGCCAUUGUUAAAGUCACCAAAGCAACUUCACAGGUGGUUCAUGGUAUUUUGGACGCUAUAGAAUUCACCAUCCACGAGACUUCCUGUCAUAAAAGUACACCAGUGUCUGACAUCACUCAAUGCUCUCUCCUCUCAACUGAAACUGCAGAGAGAGGCCUGUGCAAAGGCUCUGUGAUAGGCAGAAGGGAUGAAACUCCCAAAAUUGUCACUGCAACUUGCGAAUUAUUUCCACAUCCGUCUGGGUCUGGGUCUGAACACCAAGAGCUACACCAUCUUCAUGUUAAUGCCACAGAAGAACCACCAUUGACAGAAGUGACUGAUUAUCCUUGGAGCACCUAUGUUCCAGAAGUUAGCUCCACUUUUCUACCAGAGGAAACCAAGUCAACCAUUCCUCCCUUCCCCAAAAGGUUGUCACAAUCAGCUUCAUGCCCAGGUGAGGUUGCAAUAGAGAUCCCUGGUCUUCAACUACCUUCACCACUACACGCUGAAAUUUCCCCAACAGAGAGUGAUGUACACUUGGCUCCAAUUGCUGUCUUCUCUGAUUCUUCAAACGUUUCCAAAAUGUCUCUUCUGAUUUCCUUCUUCAUCGGCAUUCAGAUGCUUCACUUGGUAGUUACUUCUCCACCUUUUCACUUUCUUCCCCCAACAUGCAAUUCUUCAGAGGUAAAGGUGGCUACAGAAGUGGCUCUAAACAAACUCAAUGCACAUCGGAAAGAAGGCUACGUUCUUGGCCUCCAGCGGAUUUUUGAUGUCCAUGAAAUACUCCAGUGGAUGGGUGGUUUGCUUUUCUACAUCACCUUGGAUGUAUUAGAAACUGAAUGCCAUGUCCAGAGCAGAAAAUUAUGGAAAGAAUGCAAAAUUAGAGAUGCACAUGAGACAGUCUAUGGCCAAUGCAAAGUAAUAAUUCAUUUCAACGAGAAUUCAAAUCAUUCACGAUUGUACAGUUAUGACUGUGUUUUACGCCCACUUUCUUCAGCGGCUAUGGCAAAAAUCUGCCCUGAUUGUCCAACUCCUGGAGAUCCUUCUGAAGCCACAUUUUGGGAAACAGCAGCCGAGAGCCUGGCCAAAUUCAAUGCUGAAAGCAACCAUGUUCAUUAUUUCACUAUCCUCAAUGUCACCAAAGCUAGAUCACAGUGGGUUAUUGGUCCUUCCAACUUUGUGGAGUACACCAUCCAUGAGACCUCUUGUCCCAAAAGCCAGCCGGUGUCGGUCGUCACUAAGUGUCCUCUGCUCCCACCCAAUACUGCAGAGGCAGGCCUAUGCAAAGGCUCUGUGGUGAAUAGUAGGAUUGAAAAUCGGAAAUUUGUCACUGUAAAAUGCCAUUUCUUCCCACACCUGCCACCAGUUACAGAUGAACAAACUCCACAGUCUGGUUCUAAACCUGGGCAGGAGGAACAUCAUGAAGAUGACGGUAAAAGACACAGAAAUCACCACGAAGAGGGCAGACACCAUCAUCGCCACUCCCAUCCCCACCACCACAAACAUCAUGGACAUAAGCAUGAAGAUCAGGAGCCACGCUACCCUCACCGCUCAGCUAACAUCACUAAGAUACUACCAGGCCAGAAGGAAAUAUUCGGGCGGGUGGUCAUUUAUCCUCCUUCAAGCAAGCAUGUCUCCCUACAUUCCUUACCAGAAGUCCAGGAGCCCAAACCAACCUCUAAAUCCAGUUUGACUUCUUCAGAACUGGAGGCCAGUCCUCGGUCAAUACAGUCAACCAAGCCAGCCAUUCCUCCCUUCCCCAGUAAGUUUUCAGAAUCACCAUCGUGCCCAGGAGACCUUGCAAUAGAGAUCUAUGGCCUUCAACUGCCUUCACCUUCAUAGGCCAAAACUUCACUA